UGCAUAUAUUUGAUAUGAUUUCUUAAAUUAAUAAUAUUUUCAUAUAAAAUUGUUGAAUAAUUUUGAAUAGGACAUCAGUUUCAGCUAGCAUUUGUUCGAGUUCGGUGAAUAGACUAUUUUGUCUGAUCAAUUAAAAUUUUUUUAAAGAAAAUGGAAAUUAAUGCAAUUGUGCUAAUCGUUUGCAUUGCUACCUGCAUCCGGCUAACAAUUGCGCGUCCCGAUGUCAGUCUUGGCUAUCAGUAUCGCCCCGGUUACAGCAGCUCCGGUGGCAAUUUAUUGCAGACACCACACAUCACAAGUAGCAAUUAUUUUAGCCCAGUACCGACCUUUUCACAAACAGGGGUAGGGGGCUCUGGAGGUUCCGGUUCCGGCAGCUUUGGUUACAAUGAAAACAGUGGCGGUUCUUCCUACUCCUCUAGCGGUUAUGGAGGUUUGUCAGACAGUUUUAGUGGAGUAGGCGAUUUAGGCAGUUCAACAGCCGGCAAUGGCUAUCAAGCGGGCUACAACACUGGCAAUACACACUAUACUCAACAAUCAUCGAACUUCGUUGGCCGUGCGCCGAUUGUGACCAAACACUUCUGGCUGCACUCCGCACCGCAGGAUCAGGAUGAACAGCAAAUUGUGCGUUAUAUAAAUAUUGGACAACCACGCAAGAACUACAAUGUUGUGUUCAUUAACACGCCUUCAUCUGGUGUGAAUAAGGCUAAAAUUAUCGCCAGUGUUGCGCCAGUUGAAGAUAAGACAGCUAUUUAUGUUUUGGCCAAGAAGGCGAACGCUUUGGAUGUGAGCGCUGAGGUCGCUACACCAGCGCCAGUUGUCAAUAAGCCAGAAGUAUUCUUUAUUAAGUACAAAACACCUGAGGAAGCGCUACAUGCGCAAGACACCAUACAAGCUCAAUACGAUACUUUGGGCGGUACCAGCGACGUCUCCAAUGAAGGCUCUAUUCCAGUAUCGUCCGUCAUCGGCAAUUUGGGUGGUUCGGUUGGCAGUGGGGAUAAUCAUGUUGAGGUCUCGCAUAUAGUGCAGGCUGGACCAUCAAGCAAUAAGGCAAUUCAGAAUUAUUUGCCACCGAAUCACAAGUAAAAUGUGAUUAAUAAUUAAAGCUUUUAUUUCACAUUGUGAAAGCUCCGUAGCUAUAAAUGAAAGUUUAAAUAUGUUUGACGCUCACGUGAAUUUGGAGAACAUGUUGUGGUGGAAUGAAGCGCUAUUUUAAUUUACAUUUACAACCUUAGGCGAAAUUACUCUCAUAUAUUUAAUAAUUUCGAAAAGUAUUAUCAUUUUUAUAUUUUUUAAUAUUUUAUAUGCAGUUAGAAUGAUGGACAAUAAAAGUG